UACCCACUCGUAGUCAUGUUGAUUUAGUGCACCAUGCUAGAUGUCACCUAAAUCACGCGUUAGUUAUGUGUUGAAAUUUAUUGCUUCAAGGAAAUUUCUUGCUCCUUAUUUUCCCAUAUUUGACCGGAGUUGACUUCACUUUUCUUUUUUCUCGUAAUGAUUUAUUAUCUCGCUGGCCACGCUACAAUACAAUACAACUCUUGAUUCUGUUUCUUAGAUUCCUAUUUCUAAACAAGGAUUAUGUUCCAAACCAGCGCUUCUCUUAAUAUCCCAACCUUUAAGUAUGUAGGGGCUUCAAAGCUUGACUAACAAGCGAGAAAUUUGACUUUGAGAAAGUUUGUUCCUUUCCCAACAGGAGGAUGUAUAAAUCUCCAAGUCAGGCGCGGCAGCGCACUUUUCCAUUGCUUUCUCUAAUAGGAGCUCGAAAACCGGUUGCUAACUGCUGAUUCUUUCAAUUCUCAACGCAAAGAAUUCCAAUAAAGCUAUUAAUUCUGUUUCUUGAUUCAGAUUUCGAAACCAGGAUGGAAGCCCUUGCUGUUACAGUCUUGGAAAAGUUGAGUUCUGCAGCUUACAAAGAGCUUGAAAUCAUUUGGAAUCUCAAAGAGGAUAUCGAACGAAUGAAGAACACAGUCUCCAUGAUAAAAGCUGUUCUCCUCGAUGCAGAGGCCAAGGCCAAUAACCAUCAAGUUAGUAAUUGGUUGGAGGAGCUGAAAGAUGUACUUUAUGAUGCAGAUGAUUUACUAGAUGAUUUUUCUGUUGAAAAUUUGAGAAGAAAAGUAAUGGCUGGAAAAAACAUAGUAAAACAGACACGAUUUUUCUUCUCAAAAUCAAACAAAGUAGCCUAUGGUCUUAAACUGGGCCAUAAAAUGAAAGAAAUCCAAAAGAGGCUAGAUGACAUUGCUAAAACUAAGCAGGCUCUGCAGCUGAAUGACCGCCCUAUGGAAAAUCCAAUUGCAUAUAGGGAGCAGAGACAAACUUACUCAUUUGUGAGUAAAGAUGAAGUUAUUGGAAGAGAUGAGGAAAAGAGAUGUAUUAAAAGUUAUCUACUAGAUGACAAUGCAACAAAUAAUGUUUCUAUAAUUCCCAUAGUUGGGAUUGGAGGAUUAGGUAAGACUGCACUUGCUCAACUUGUCUACAAUGAUAAUGAUGUUCAAAGGUAUUUUGAGCUAAAAAUGUGGGUGUAUGUCUCGGAUGAAUUUGAUAUAAAGAAAAUAUCUCGGGAGAUCGUUGGGGAUGAAAAGAAUAGUCAGAUGGAGCAAGUGCAACAACAACUUCGAAACAAAAUUCAAGGGAAAAAGUUUUUGCUCGUGUUGGAUGACAUGUGGAACGAGGAUCGUGAGUUGUGGCUUAAAUUGAAGAGCUUGUUAAUGGAAGGAGGAAAAGGAAGCAUGGUAAUUGUUACAACGCGUAGUCAAACAGUGGCAAAAAUAACAGGCACACAUCCACCCCUUUUCUUAAAAGGUUUGGAUUCACAAAAAUCCCAGGAGCUAUUCUCUCGAGUGGCUUUCAGCGUGUCGAAAGAACGAAAUGAUUUGGAGUUGUUAGCUAUAGGAAGGGACAUUGUUAAGAAAUGUGCUGGCAUUCCCCUUGCCAUAAGAACUAUUGGCAGCCUUUUGUUUUCUCGAAAUUUGGGCAAGAGUGAUUGGCUAUAUUUCAAAGAUGUUGAGUUUUCAAAGAUAGAUCAACACAAGGACAAAAUCUUUGCAAUCCUUAAACUGAGUUAUGAUCAUCUUCCAUCGUUUCUAAAAAAAUGUUUUGCUUAUUGUUCAUUGUUUCCUAAAGGUUUUGUGUUUGAAAAGAAAACACUCAUUCAGUUAUGGGCAGCUGAGGGGUUUAUCCAACCAUCAAAUGAUGUUAGACGUGUAGAAGAUGUUGGCCAUGAGUACUUCAUGAGUUUGCUGUCAAUGUCCUUCUUCCAAGAUAUCACUGUAGACGAUUGUGGUGACAUUUGUAAUUGUAAAAUGCAUGACCUUAUGCAUGAUCUAGCACAGCUAAUGGUCGGGAAUGAAUAUGUCAUGGCUGAAGGAGAAGAAGCAAACAUUGGAAACAAAACACGUUUUUUAUCAUCUCAUAAUGCAUUACAGUUUGCACUGACAUCAUCAUCUUCCUACAAGUUAAGAACAUUUCUCUUAUGCCCAAAAACGAAUGCAAGCAAUUAUCUGCGUCAGUCAAACGUUCUUUCCUUUUCAGGCUUAAAGUUCUUACGUGUGUUGACACUUUGUGGAUUGAAUAUUCUGGCAAUCCCAAAUAGUAUUGAAGAGAUGAAGCAUCUGAGAUAUAUUGAUCUAUCAAAGAGUAUUGUACUUAAAGAUCUUCCGCCGGGCAUUACUAGCCUACAGAACCUUCAAACUCUAAAACUUUCUGAUUGUUCUGAGCUCGAAAUAUUACCAGAAAAUCUCAACAAAAGUCUUAGGCAUCUUGAGUUGAAUGGUUGUGAGAGAUUGAGAUGUAUGCCACAAGGGUUAGUACAGUUGGUUAAUCUUCAAACACUGACACUUUUUGUACUGAACAAUAGAAGUACGAACGUAAAUGAGUUAGGUGAGCUAAACAACCUUAGAGGAAGAUUAGAAAUAAAAAGGUUGGAUUUCCUGCGAAACGCUGCUGCAGAGAUUGAAUUUGUAAAAGUACUUCUUGAGAAGGAACACCUUCAGCUAUUGGAAUUACGGUGGACGUAUGAUGAAGAUUUUAUUGAGGAUUUUCGUCAUUGGUCAUCAUUGCCUAAAAGGGUCAUACAAGAAAACAAACACCGGUUGGAAGAUGAGAAGAUUUUAGAAGGUCUGCAGCCACACCAUUCGCUUCAAAAACUAGUUAUAGAUGGGUUUUGCGGCAAAAAGUUACCAGACUGGAUAGGGAAUCUCUCAUCGCUCUUGACUCUUGAGUUCCACAAUUGCAAUGGUUUGACAUCACUGCCCGAAGCGAUGCGUAACCUUGUAUCUUUGCAGAAACUUUGCAUGUAUAACUGCUCAUUAUUAGAGGAAAGAUAUGCAAAACCAUAUGGUCAAGACUGGCGUAAAAUCUCUCGCAUCCGAAAAGUUGAGAUCCUUCCUAUGAGACCAUCAUUACUCAAGUAUUUUACUUGAGUCAAAAAUCUUUCCUCAAUCAUGGAUGUGUUUUUGAAUAUAUACUCUCUUAAAUCGAUUAAUAUUUUACGACAUUUGGAUGGUGGUUCAUACUAUGAUUGAGGUUGCUUUUAAUCACCGUAUUGAUCUCGCAGGAAACUCCUGCAGAAUGACGUUGAUGACAGACAAGAUCUCGACCUUUCCAUCCUUAGAUGCUCAACUUAUUCAUUGCUCAAUUUUAUUUAUAAAAAAUCUGAAUUUAUAUUCAUUGAUAGUUCCAUUCAUUUCUUUUGUAGUGACAUUUGAAUCAUCAAGAGAUUUUUAAUCUAUUGUUGAGAAGAACUUUUUUGAUUAGUUUCUCUUUUAUCUAUGUAAUAUUGUUUGUGA